AACUGGUUUCUUUACACCACACGAAAUUGUAUACAAGGUACCAGAUAACAUAGGCUGUGAUGGAAAAACUACUUUCGGUUAUCAUUAUUUCUUCUUUUUGUGUAUUUUCAAAUAGAGCUGAUAUAUCAAGUAAUUUGGACUAUUUUGAGACCCUGAAGACAGUUGAUAUAAAUAAGCGUGUAAGACGAAGUGUGGAUCCACACCCUAGUUCUCAUCUGCAUGAAAUUUGGUUCUCAUCUUUAGGAAGAAAUUUUCAUUUGUAUGUGAAGCAAACGAAAGUUGUUUCUGAUGAUUUCAAAGCUGUGGUAAGCAGUAAUGGAGUGGAGAGACCACUUGAUAUUGACACUGGAAACUUUUAUACUGGUACCUUGAAGGGUGAUUCAGAGUCAGAAGUACAGUUACAUUGGGAGAGAAAUGAUUUACAUGCAACCAUAAGAAGUCCUCAUGAUACCAUUUACAUAGAGCCAUCUUGGAGACACAUUCCAGAGUCUGGUAAUCAUUCAAUGAUUGUCUACAGACAUACAGACCUCAAAUGGAAGCCAGAGGACUAUACUGCUGGAAAAAGAGAAAGCUUUUGUAAAACCAAGGAUCUUAGAGAGAACCAAGAUGAAGAACUGGAUGAUGAUAUCAAAUUGUUUGACAAUGAUGAUGAAGGCCAUGUUAGAAAGAAAAGACAAACUUAUCCACAUGUUGGAUCACACACAAUGUGUGGACUGCUUGCAGUAGCUGAUUAUUACUUCUUCAAAGAGAUUGGACGCAGUGAUAAGAGAGUCACAGGAGAAUAUCUUAUUGGAAUGAUAGGAAGAGUGAAUAAUAUCUACCAGAAAACAGUCUGGGGUGAAGGAGUUACUAAUUUAGGAUUUCAAAUGAAAGAGAUGAAGGUCCACGACACUUUAGAAGAUCCAUCUGUAGGAGACCACUACAACAUGCCACUUAGACCCAAUGAUAUGGAUGCUGUGUUAGAUUGGUUUGGAGUGGAUCAUAAAAAAAUGACCAAAUUCUGUCUUGGACAUCUAUUUACAUACCAACAAUUUAGAGGAAAAUUAGGUUUGGCAUACAUUGGUUCCUGGAGGAAUACAGAUCCUGGUGGAAUAUGUUCUUUUGCUGCGUAUAUUGGAACUGGACAGAAAAUUGCAGUGAACACUGGUGUUAGUAGUUUCCAGAAUCCUGGAGGGUCUAGAGCUUUGGCUGCUCAGGCUUUGAUAACUGUAUCACACGAGCUAGGACACAACUGGGGCAGUGAACAUGAUCCUGAUUCUAGUGAAUGUGCACCAGAUGUCAGCAGUAAUGGAAAAUAUAUCAUGUACUAUAUGGCUACUACAGGAUAUGAUGCCAAUAAUCAGAUAUUUUCUCCAUGUAGUAAAAGGUUCAUCUUUAAAGUGGUGUCAAAAAAAGGAUUCAGCUGCUUUGAUGCGAAAUCUACCGGAGGGAGAGGACUGUGUGGAAAUGGUCGUAUUGAUAUAGGGGAGGAGUGUGAUGCAGGAUAUGAAGGGGACUUUUGUUGUAAUGCACAAUGUGAACUCAGAUCAGGAGCUGAGUGCAGUGAAAUGAACUUUGCUUGUUGCAAAACCUGUAAUGUUGCUCCAGCAGGGCAAAGAUGCCAUUCUUUAGCAGUAGAUGAUUUAGACUGUUUAGGGCCUUCCAAUUGCACAGGAAUAGACUUUAAAUGUCCAGCACCAAUUAAGCUAUCGGGUAAUGGUUGUCAGGAUGGUGGCACCUGUAAGGAUGGAGUAUGUCUUGAUAUUUGCCAGUCAAAAGGCAAAAUUAGCUGUAUUUGUUUAGGUACAGAUUCCUGUAAACAGUGUUGUGAAGACAGUAAUGGAGGUUGUAAACCAACAACCAAUAAUAAUGGAAUGAAUCAGUAUCAUCAAAAUGGGAGGCCUUGUGCAGAAGGAUUUUGUGAUGGUAGAGGAAAUUGUGAAAAGUCAGACCCACCUUUGAUUAAAAGAUUGUUUAGUGUGCUUGAUUACUUCUCUGUAGAUAAAAUUGCAUUAUUUAUGAAGAAUAAUUUAGUUUGGACAAUACUUUUAUUUUCUGCAAUAGUUUGGAUCAUUGCAAUUGUAAUUAUAGAACGUUAUGAUCGAAAGAAAUCUGAAGAAGAUAAAGAAAGUAGGGAUGUAAUGGAUCCAAUGGGGAGGGGAGCAAGAGUACUUCUUCGUAGAGAUGAUCGUGCCAUAACAAAUUUAGGCACUAGAAUUCUUAAACCACGUAUGAGACGUGACAGAGGAAGAGCAGAACUAGAUGAAGACCUAGCAGCAGAGUCUGGUUUUCACAGACUUUAGAAUUGUAAAUUGAAAUGAAGUUUUGCUCAACAAGGCAGUUCAUGAUAGUGUUUGGAUUGAUGCUAAUGAACUUAACUAUGGCAAUAUUUAUCUCAGCAAUAUGUUUUACAAGUUGAUUUUUGUAAAUUUUGUUACUUCACUGAUCUUCUAGAUACAAAAUUGUGAGUUAUUUGCACAGGCUGCCCAUGUCUCUUUUGUCCUUUUCUGUUCUUAAAAUACACUUAAAUGUAGCAGAAAAUAUUUUGAGAUAAACUUCUUUGCUAAUUGAUUGCUAGUAAAAAUACUUUUUAUGACUUUGAUAAUUCAGUUAAUUAGCAAGUUAUGUUUCAAUCAUUUAUUUAAUUAUUUAAAAUGAUAAAUGUCACUUUCCAAAAUAGCCCACUAUAUAAUGUUUAAUUCAAAGAAAGCAGGAUGGAUUUAGGAAAUAUCAUUCAAGCUAUGUUAGCUUGAUUACUUUUUACAGAUACCAAUUUUUUCAAAUAUUUUUUUUACUUUGAUUUCUAUUUUGGGGGUAAAUAUCCAAGGAAUAUAAUUUUGUUAAGUUAUAGAGUAAUUUAAUCUUUUUCUAUUGUAAAUUUAUAGACAUAAACAACGAAAUAUUUGUUUAAACAAGGCUUACUAUGUUCUGAUGAGGAUUUGACUAAAAAUUUGACAAUCCUGAAGGAUGAUCAUAAAAAUUUUUAAUAAUAUAAAAAAUGAAAAAGAAAAAAAAACAUGUAUUACUAAACGCUUCAGAAGAUGAACUUAUAAAUUCUUACCUCAUUCUUGUGAAAGUGUUUCACCAUAUUCAGUGUCUAUUUACGAGAAUGACAAAAAUGUGAUUGUGCAGUAUUAAUUGUUUGUACCUCAUUUAUUUGUUUUGGCAGCAAAGAUCAUGCAUAUUUAACAUAAUUUUACAGACAGAAAAAAAUUGCAACCGAAUUGAGUUUAACUUUGGUCUAUUUUCAGUAUAAUCUUCCACUAGAAAUUCUUAAAAUCUAAACAAAAUGGAUGAUACUAUUAUUUUUAAAAAUAGAAUUUUUUCACCUACAAAAUUGUGGCGUAAGAAAAAUGUAUAUAUUUGCCUAUGAUGACACAUUUGACUGUUACAUCAGAAAGAAGAUUUGUCAAGUUUUGGUCAUUUGUAAAAGGAUAAUAUUACCCAAUAUUUACAAUAUUGUUUUAUUUGAUAUCCAGUGUAAAAUUUAAAAACAGUGAUUCAACUAGGUUUCUGGAUUUUCAUGAUUAAUUCUAUUUAUAUUUAAGAAUAUUUUCAGCACUUUCUUUGAGAAAUCAACUAAAAUUUACAAAUUUCAUCAGGAGUCUCAAUGCAUUUACAUAAAAGAGUGGGCAAAUGAUUGGUGCCUAACUGAAUGAUGAUUUUGAUUUCUAAUACUUGACAUAUUUUGAAGGAUGUUUAUGCAUAUAGAUUUUUAUUCAUUGAAUUUUAAAGAGAAAAUAUAUGUCAUUUUGAAAUGCAAGAAUUUUUAAUCAAGACAUGACAUGAAUUUUUUAAUCUUCAUUUAUCAAGCCUCAGAUAUCAUUUUGUUUUUGUUUUUAUUAAGAGUUCUGUGGAUGGAGAGAAUGGUUUUUUUUUUUUAAUUUAUGGUCUUUCAUUAUGAAAACAAGGGUUUAGAUGCUUUAUUUUUCCUUGUCUGUCACUGAUUUGAAAUAAGUAUCUCUUUGACCAUAUUAAUUUGUCCUUGUUUUCAAAAUUCCAAUAGGGAACAUACUUUAUAUAAUUAAUUUGAUUAACAUAUAACAAUUAUAUCAAAUUUUGUAUAAUGUCAGCCUCAUAAUGUAACACCCUACAUAUAUAAACCUAACAAAUUGUAUACAAUAUGUUCUUAAGUGUGUCCUAGUAGUUUUUUGGUGAACAUUUCUGUAUUAUUAUAAAAUCAAACAAGAUAAGAAACAUUACUGCUACUUUAGUAUUCAUCAACUUUUAAAUAUGUAUCAAAUUUAUAAAAAAUCUCUACCUGAGGUAGGUAUGACAUACACCUACCAAAAUAAAACUUUGAACUUUAUGACAUAAACCUAAUAAGAAGUGAAAUUGUGCCAUAUUUGCAUCAGAACUUUUCCCCACUUUUAAUUCAUAGUUACAUGAGUAUCAUAAACCAUAAUUUUCUAAUGUGCAAUUUUUCAUUGUGAGGUUGUGCUAUUCAUAAGAGUUUUAAUUUAUAUUUCACCUAGUUUUCUUGUAUGCAUUGAG